AUGUUUCUUGCAGAUGCCGAGUCUGCUGCCUCUGCAGCAACAGCAGCAACAGCAGCCACAGGAGACCAGGAACACUCGACACCUUCUUCAUCAUCCUUCAUAUCCACCUCCAUAUCCGCCACAAAGGAUCAGUCUCUUGAUCAUGAUCCACACACUGUCACACAACAAGAACCUUCUUCCUCCUCUGGUGCGUACGAAUCAUCUACUCCACCCGAGGUCUCGGUCUCCGCCACCUCCUCUUCUUCACCUGCGCCUACAACAGCAGCCACAUCGGACCCAUCUCCGUCGUCUCUAUCUCAAAACCAUCAUACUCACAACAUCAUGGACAACAGUGGCUCGAUUCCCACAUCCAACGCCCUCUCAUCCUCACUCAAAUCUAGACUCUCCACCUCUGCUCCCCUCUCCUCGCUCUCUUCCACCAUUCUCACAAGCAUCAUCUCGCCGAAACCCUACGCUGCCGCAUAUGGUUAUCCGUCAACCACUGCAUCCUCUUCUGCACCCUCUCCAUCCUCGGCAUCUAUCAGUGCUGCAACUUCGUCGCUUCUCAUGCUGUCUUCAUCCAAAGGCACUGUCACGAGCCGUCCUGAUAUAACAACAACUACCUCAUCGAAAGAUACGACCGAUACGGCCAUCCAUAUGAAAACAGAGGACUCAGAGUCGAUCCAACCCUGGAAUACCUCGUCCGAGAACCAUGCAACAUCCCAGCAUGUAUCCGCUAGUCCAAAACCACAGCGACAACCGUCCGAGAACUUACCUGAAAACACAGGUGCCAAAAAGGAACAGAAGGCUGGCGUGACCGCAACAAGCUGUGCCAACUGUGGCACUACCACGACACCGCUCUGGAGGCGCGCCACCAACGGCCAGACGAUCUGCAAUGCUUGUGGUCUUUACUUCAAGGCCAGGAAUCUAACGCGACCACCAUGGCUCAAACGCAGCGCCGCGAACAAAAAAGGAGAUACAUCGGAGGACGGAGCCGAAGAAUCUGACGAGCGCGGGAAUGCUGAAUCAUCUACAGCCAUGGGCGAAUCUGCCUCAGCGACUGCUGCAGGAGGCGCGAAGGACAAUACCAAUGACAGCGAGUGCGCAGGAACCUGUCCAGGAGAUGGCAACUGUAACGGUGCUGGAGGAGCUGAGUCAUGCGCCGGGUGUCCAUCAUUCAAUCAGCACCAGGCCAACCGUCAGAACCUGGUCUGUGCCAACUGCAGAACGACAACAACACCUCUCUGGCGCCGUGAUAGCUUUGGCAACACCAUCUGCAAUGCAUGCGGACUCUAUUUCAAGUUGCAUAAUGUCCACCGACCGGUGACGAUGAAAAGAGCUGUAAUCAAGCGGAGAAAGCGCGUCCAUGUUACGGCCAGCUCGCCACCACCGGCAUCUCAGGAACAAUCAACGCAGCCAAUAACCAGUCAGCAACAGCAGCAGGCGCAACAAGAACAACAGCCGCAGGAGGGGGGACAAAAGCGAUCGUUGCAAAAGUCAUUGCACCCAAAACAUGCAUCCAAUAGCCCAGCAGCCCCUACAUCAUCCGAGGUCGACCCCAGCGAUAACGACAGCCAGGCAGAGAAGCAGGGUCGUACCGCUACCAAACGUCGGCGUGUCCAGAGUACGAAUGAGUCAAAGGUUGUCCCAGCAAUUGAAGACUAUAUCUUGCCUAAGCGAAUUGCGAACGGACACAGGGGUUGGCCGCAUCACAACCAUACGCACAAGACACCGGAGGCGCGCCAUAGCAUGUCACCUUUAGAGAACAUGGGCAGCAGUGACCAUGACCGCGACCAUGACCAUGACCGUGAUGACCACGGACGGGAGAGGAGCGACCAUGACGACCAUCACUACGGCUCUAGACGAUACUCAUCGAUGAGUCAAGGGUCGCCCUAUCAUCAGCCUCAGCACUUGUCGAGAUCCCAGGAGCCGAUGGGUCCUGUCCAUGAGUAUACAUCACAUCACUCUUCACCUAGUCGCUCUCAAUCGUCCCGCUAUCUGCUUGGUCUGCACCAGGGCAAUGGUCAAUACCAGUCGACGCAAUCCAUGUCCAUGUCGCGCUAUCCAACCCACCCUCCGCCACCGCCUCGGAACCAGCACACGCCGCCUUAUCAGCGUCCUCAACACCGUCAUCCCCAGGACGACGACCACCCUCACGACAUCACCAUGCAGGGAUAUCAAGGACUACAUGGGCAUCGUCAUCACCCGAACGAUAUAGAGGAUAGCAUGCACCCGUCCUCCCAGUUCUCGUCUUAUUCGUCAGGGUGGAACCAGCGUCUGCCCGGAUACGCGACCGUGUCAUCCUCAUCCUUUAAUACCAGACUAUCGUCGAGGGGUGUCGUGCAUUCAUCGGGGCCUAGCCCACAUUCACCGCCACUCUAUCCUCGGCAGGGAUCGCCUAGCCCGAUCGACCCUUAUUCACAGCACUAUCGCACAUCGAGGUCCCCGCAUGGAGGGUAUCAUCGCGGAAAGUCGCCACAUAUGUCGAAAUCUCCUCCUCCUCACUCGCGUACGUAUGGACCUGGACCUGGACCCACGACCUCGAGUGGCGGCUCUGGAUAUGCAGACCCUUAUCGUCACUCGCUUCCUUCGUUCGUGGAUCCCAGCCAUCGCGAUGGAAGCAGCGAGCGUAGCGGCAUGGGAAGAUCGAGUGAGCCUGCACAUUUGCCACCGAUAUCAUUGCCGUCACCGCAUCAUCCGAGUAAUGGCCACCACCACCACCGUCAUCAGCAGCAGCCACUUCCUAGGGCAUCUGAAAUUUUGCAACAGUUUUCACCAUCAGAAACGGGGUCGCUCCAUUCACACCGUAACCAUCAUCAUAGUACUCAACUUCACCACCACCAUCAUCGUCAUCCUCAACAGCAUCAUCAACAGCAGCAUCAUUACUCAUCGCACCAGCGUCAAUCUUCUUCAACGCCACCUCUGCUACCCAUGAACGGAGUCUCGUCGAGUGGACUGCCUCCACCGUCAGGAGCUGGAACAGCACCGGCACCAGAAGUGCCGGCACCAGCAGCGGCUGUAUCGGCUCUUGCUAAUAGCGAGGUGUUGCAGCAGACACGUCAGGAUCUUCAGAGAGAGGUGUCACAUCUGUCAAUGCUUCUGGGCAGAGCAGCGGCGGUCUUGAGUGGAUUGGAUCAGGCCUUGGGAACUCCUUCAGCUUCUGGGUCUGGACCGACCGGUCCCACUCCAGAGACCUCAACUGCUACAGCGGCCGCAUUGUCAGCAGACCUGAAAACGACUUCUGCGUUGGCUAGUUUGAUGGCAUUGAGUGCCUCUGGCGGAGACGCAUCUGGAGUAGGAGCUGAUCGUAGGGGAUCGGGGGCUGAGUUGUUGAGCUCUUCAGCAAUGGUAACGGCGCUGUCGGGAGCAGGAUCCACAUCGCCAUCUCCGAGGAUGUUGGAGGACCAGCAUAUGCAUUCGCCUCCUCAACCUCAGUCGGCGUCUGUUUCAGCUUCUGUUCGGGAUAGUUGGUCUCCACCUCUGCCGCUGCCAAAGUCUCCGUCGCGUCGUCAUUCGCAGGCUUUACCUUAUCCCUUGCCUCGGCGUGAACUGUGA